UCUCUGAAAAAAAUUCGAUUGGACCCGGUCAGGUUCUGAACACUAAUUAUGACAAAUAUUUUGUUUAUUUUUUUUCUGUUUGUUUUUCGUUUUGUAAAUUAUUUUUUAAAUUUAUUUUUGUGAAUAUUAAAAAAUUUAAAUUUGUUAAAUUUUCACAAUAUUUUUAUAUUAUCUUGUUGUAAUAUUUUCGUAUAUAAUCCUUUUUUAGUCUGUUUUAGAGGAUUUUUAUGUUAUUCAAAACAAGAUAUUUUGUACUAUCUAAUUUUGGAUUUUAUUUGCGCUUUUUGACUGAUAUUGGUAGGUAAUUUAUAUAUUUGUUUAGGUGUGCUUUUAAGGGAAGGAGGGGAUUUUGGGUAGAUAUAUAGUGGUCAAAAUGGGCUAAAUAAUAGUAAAAGCCAAGUGAAAAUUGUUUUCAUUUUCUGUCAAAUGGGAAAUUAGAUCCCGGUUUAUUUUUAUAUUUUUUCUAAAAUUGUUGGCGACAGGAUAUUAACCAGUACUCCCAAGGUUUUCAGGCCUGGUUUGCCCCCUCCCCUCUGGUUUUCUGCUCCGGUUCGGCUGAUCGUCCGCCGACAAUGAUUGACCAGAUCGUUGUUUUCCUGACCUCUAGGUUAUUAAGGAAAAUUUUAGUGUUUGGUCAUUGGUCGACUCCAUGUUUUUUCGUAAAAAAGCGAAACAAAUAUUUUUAAACCCUUUUUAAUCCUCAGCUCUGCAGACAUUUUUCCCUAUUUCCCUCUUUCCGUGUUGACUUUUAAGCUGGUAAAUGCUCCCUUAGAUUAUUUUAGAGUAAAAUUGUAUAAAAUAAGUGCACCCAAUUUGUUGUUUCACUCAAUAUAUUUUUUUAAAAAAAUCUCCUUUGGGUGUAACAAAAAAGGAACACCUCUUCCUCUCUAAAAAUAAGGAAAAAGACAAGGGAGGGACCAUCUUUUUAAUAAAAGUGACAAUACCAUCGUCAUAGGUUGUCAAUAAACGUAAACAUAUUUUUGUUUUUUUCCGAAAAGGGUGAAAAAUAAAUUCGCGAUUUUUACUUUUUAAUUCGCAUGAAAUCCAGCAAAUGACAAAAAUUGGCGAUAAAACGGCUGUAGUUUAAAAAUUUUCGACGAAAAUGGCGAUAAAACGGCCUUAGUGAAAAAAUUUUUUGUCGAAAAAGAGUAUGGAAAAACGAGAGAUGCGAGGCAUAAAAACAAAUGUGAGCGUUAUUUUACCGUUUAAAUUUUGCGCGGCGUUAGUUAGACUUUUAUCCGGAUGGAUUUAAUUUUUCGAAUUUCCGUCCAUUGUUCCAUAAAAAUUGCGAGAUUUCUGCUUUAACCAAAGCCUUUGCGUGUUAAAGUUCAGUCUAAUAAACAAACAAUCUCCACGUCUUUUUUAAGCAUUUAAUACUCUUUUAGUUUUUAGGAAUUUUCCCCGCCUUUAUAAAAUGCAGGCAUUUUCUUUCUUUCCAAACAAAAACUAAAAAAGUGCUGUGUCCUACCAGUAUUUCCAGUGUUUCUUUUCCUUUUUGUAUAGCGGCUAGUUUUUUUAGAGAGUGGCACGCUAUGGGUUUUCCCUCUCUUUUUUUAGUUUUUGUGAUGGCAUUUUUAUCGUUCAUUGUUUUUCCUUUUUAGCUAGUUGAAUAGUUUUGCACUUUAAACAAUAAAAAAAUUUUUUAAAGCAUUUUUACAUUAUUUUUUAAAGAAUUCAUUCAAUUAUUAACUCAACACAAAAAUGGAACUUAAUUUUGAUUUGAGCUCCUUGUCAAUUCCUGGAUGUGUUUUGAAGUCACCACUUUCUAAACUCGAAAAUUCCAAAAUUCAGUGGGCACGAAAAGCGCGACAACAAUCUGAAUUUUUGCUUUUGAGUCGUGCAAUUGAUGAUUUGGCAAAGUUGUCUGCUGAGGCCCAAUCGAUUAAAAAGCCUGUCACGACAUUUGAGCGUUUUUUGGAUGCUCAGGAUGAACAGGCACUUUAUCUUCUCUGGAAAGACGAAAAAAUAAAUGGAUGUGGGGAAAUUGGUGAUGGAACUGUUGCUAAUGGAGAAAAGAAUGGAGAGAUUAAAAAUGGUGGUCAUGAAGAUUUGUUGGCUGUUUCACAAAAUGGAACUACUCCAAAAAAUGUUUUGCUUGGAUAUUUGAAGAUUGUUCGUGAUCGUCGUCUUUAUUUGGUAAAUGAACGCAGUCGUCGUUAUGUUCACACGCCUAUUUGUGUUUUGGAUUUUUACAUUCAUUCUUCUGUUCAGCAUCACGGUUGUGGACUUGAAUUGUUUAAUGGAAUGUUGAAGUCAGAGUCAACAACACCGCAGAAAUGUGCAUUUGACAAGCCAUCAUCUUCAUUACUUCACUUUUUGGAGAAGCAUUAUGGUCUUAAACACCCAAUUUGGCAACCAACAACUUUUGUUGUUUUUCCUGAAUUUUUUGAAGGAUUAAAGCCAGAAGAUGGAGGAAAGGAUGAAAUAAUUGACGAUCAUCAAAUGUCAGCAAUUGAGCGUAACAGGAAAAAUAUUAAUGAGCAUUAUAGUGGAUCACCACAGCAUUUACCAGUUCACGGACAGCGUAAUUUGACUUCUCAUUGUACUACUCAAUCAUCCAUGAAAGAUCAUAUUGGAGAAGACACUCCUCGUGGACGAAAGAAUACGAGGGAUUAUGGACAUCAAUCAUUGUGGUAG